AUGACAUUUUUGAAAAAAAAGCUGCUUGAAGAGCUUGGAGAGAGUAGGCUUCCAUAUAUGACACCAGGAGAUGCUGGUUUCCAUCAGUUGUGGAAGACCAAAUAUUCCAAACUAAUUUUCAGGAAAUCUGAUACAGUACCUGAAGAGCUCCAUCAAGUGGUACAAGAAGGCUUUUUGACCUUGAGAAAACACAGUUGUUUCUUUCAAGAUCUUGUAAGGAUCAAAGGAAAAGAUUUUGUCACCCCAGUGUCUCGUAUAUUAAUUGGAAACCCGGGAUGCACUUACAAGUACUUAAACACAAGAUUAUUUACAGUUCCUUGGCCUACUGAGGGUUAUGAAAUAAAAUAUUGGAGUCCUCAGAUACAUGAUGCUUGUAAAGCAUUAAUCAAACUUAAUGACUAUUUGCAUAUUGAAGCAAUCCAGGCUUUACAAGGACAAAAUUCUUCUGAGACCAAAGAUACUGUUGUUGUAGAGAGGGAGCAAAAUUUUGAUACUUCUAUUAAGGAGAAAGGGUCUGUUUUAAAAGAUCAAAGCAGUUGUUACGUAUCAGAAGAUGACUACACAAGUCUAAAGAACAGAACGUCUUUUAACUUGACUUUAUUAAAUUAUAUGGAUCCGCUACAAAUGCUGUACUUGAAACAAGAGCCUUAUUUUGGAAUGGGGAACAUGGCAGUGAGCUGGCACCAUGAUGAGAAUCUUGUUGCAAGGUCAACGGUUGCUGUGUACAGUUACAGCUGUGAAGGUUCUGCAGUUGAAGAAAGCAGUGAACAGAAUUUGAAGGGAAGAGACCCAGCUGUUUGGCAUGUAGGUUUGAAGGUAGCAUGGGACAUAGAGACGCCUGGAUUAGCAAUACCACUUCACCAAGGAGACUGCUACUUGAUGCUAGAUGAUCUUAAUAUGACACAUCAGCACUGUGUUCUGGCUGGUUUUUUACCUCGAUUCAGCUCAACUCACAGAGUGGCAGAUUGUUCAAGAGGAACAUUGGACUAUAUCUUUGGUCAAUGUGAACUUGCACUCCAGAAUUUACAGGCUGGUUCUGAUUCAAUACCUUUAUCUUUGAAAUCUCUGGAAGUUGCUGUUGUAAAGCAAGUAGAAGAAACACAUAAUGAGGUUGAAUUUGAGUGGCUUAGGCAGUUUUGGUUUCAAGGCAAGCGCUAUUUGAAGUGCACUGAUUGGUGGCUUAAGCCUAUGGCUAGAUUAGAAGAAUUCUGGAGAAAAAUGGAGGUUAUGACGAGCCUGGUCCUCUCUGAAGUUGGAAAAGAAGAUCAAACUGUGGAACAAAGGAAUGAAACCAUCAGUUGCCUCUUGCUAGUUCUUACUGAAAGACAGAAGCUACGUAAAGAAUGGACAGCAAGAUGCCAGUCACAAGCAGCAGAGAGUUUGCCAGAAGACCAGAAACCAGAAUGCCACCCCUUCUGGACAGAUGAUGACAGUAAUAUGCCUCUGCCAUAUGAUCUUGAGGAAGUAAUCGCUAAUCUACAAAGUCUUGUUCAGUAGGUAGAAUAAUAGGUGACUUUCCAGCCUAGAAUUAUUGAAUCAUUUGGAAAGAAGUCUUUUAGUUAGAGUAAUCUGUAUGAUUCCUCAGUCAUGUGUUGUUUUAUGUGUCAAUGCAAAUUUGUGCUUUUACCAGCCUCCAUACAGCCUCUCAUCUUAGGUACCAUCUCAAAAUAAAAAUGACCCGGAGAGAUUUCCAGGGUGAAUCUUAUCUGCUGGGCUCCUUGGGGCUCAGCGUUCGGUUCCUAAGCCUUACUUGGUUCUACUUGCUGUGAAUCCUUUCUGAGGCCAGGUCUCGCAGUGCAUUAUCUAGGGAGCUGAUGGACCUAAGUGAGGGUUUUCAUUUUGGGUGUCAGGCCCCCUGGCAAAUUAGAUUUAAGCUCUGUGAUACUCGGUACUGCAGCAUCUAUGUUGAUCUAGCCAUGAGUACAAAAUCAGAAGACGCUGAGAAAUGAAGUUACUUGUGAUCCUUUUUGUAAUAACAUUCUAUAAAAAAAAAACAAUUCUAUGCUGGACUGUACAGGGCACUCCUGAAUGAGAGAGAGGGGGAUUUUUCAUUUUGUUAAGUUGUUAUUCUAACUUCAGUUGGUACGUGCCUUUUCCGUUGUGAUAAAAAGCUAAAGAAAAUUAUAUUAGAGCGAAACAGCACUCAGUCUGAAUUACCACUACAAAAAAACCUUAAGAUUCAGUGCUUAAUGUUGCCUCUAAGAAAUGGAAUACACCUCGUGUGUUAAUCUGCUGUUUAAAAUCACUGUCGAGGCCAGGCUUACCCAGAGUAUACCAGUAUACUCUAUUGGCAAACCAUUCUGUGUGCGGAGGAGGCUUGUACUGCCGAAACUGUGUUUUUGACAGUGUAACAUAUGCCAGACCUCCCUGGAGCUAAAGAAGCUGUGCCAGCAAAAAUUCAGUUUUACUGUUAUAAAACUGUGUCCACACCUACCAGCAUUUGCCAGGACAAUUAUAUCAAGUAGAGAUUGUACCUUUAACACCUUUGACAUAGCUAUGGCAGCAGAAGGAUGAAGACCUGGAUCAGGUAUAUUCAUUAUAUUCCUGUACUUUUGCUAAAGCUGUCAGCCACACUUUAGAAUGUAAAACUUAAUUAACAAGCAAGUUAUUAUUUAGAUUAGGUUUCAUUAUAUCAUAACCUUGAUAUGGUUAUGAUAACCUCCCCACGAUUUAGGUGUUGUCUCUUGUGCCACAAUUUUCUUUGUAAUUUUGAAAAAACAUUGUAUUAUGGGCAUAGCUUUUCUUUUCCUGCUCUAGCUAAGGCUGGCUUUACCAGUGGGCAACUGGCACAUAUUUGGAUUAAUGCCACACUAAAUACUGUUUACUUUGGAGAUCACUUAGAGAAAAGCUAGCUGAAGAUGUGGGAAUUUGCUUUUGAAAAAUGCAGUUCUCACAGAAACAGAUAUUACUUUGGAAACGAGCAAGAUGAAUUCAAGUAGGCUAAUGAUGUAACACUGUUAACAUAGGGUUUGAGGGGAUUGUUUGUUUAUGCUGUUACUUUGUGAUUAUUUUGUGUUUAAUUAGGCACUGCUAGAAACCAUGGGGAUCACAAUAUUGAAAUGCAUCUGACAGCCGUAAAGGGUAGAGAAGGCACAUCAAUGUUGUAUUUUGCAGCUGAAGUAGAAGCCAGCUAUUAAAGAGUGAUUGGCAAUAUUUCCAGUGGUAGUGAAAAAACACUGUUUUUUUUCUCUUGUAUUAGGAGGCUGGGAACAGCAAUAACAGAAUGUUUAAAAAUACAUGCUAGUGUGUGCUGAGGAUUUAAGCCAGUGAAUUAACUGAACUUCUACCAGCCUUAGUGCAGUCAGAUAGUGCUCCUGGAAGCCAUGGACGGCAAUGGCAUAGACUCAGACAAAUGAAAACCUUUGGAAUGGGUAAGACCUAAGAUUCACUGGCAAAAUACCAAUAAUUGAGUGGUUAAAGAGGAUUAAUGCUCUAUACUGCGUUCCAGUCUCACAUCAUCUAUAUCAGUGUAAUUUGAUUGAAUUCAGGGGGAAAACAGCAGCGUAAGAAGGUUUCAUUUCUCCAAAGCCCACAGGAGUUGAUGGCAAAGACAUUAGUAAGGUUGAUGCAACUGUUUGAAACAUGUAAUGGUGCCAAAGGUACCCCAAGAGAAGGAUAUGCUUACAGGUAAAUGUCUAUAAAAGAAAACUGAGUGGUCAAGUGUAAUUAUUGCUCUUUUUGAGGUAUUUGCCAGAAAGAGACAAAUACUUCAAAGUGUUUAUUGAAAUAAUUACAGUUUAGCUCAUGUUGCAAUAACCCCUUAGCAAUCCACUCAUAUUCCAGCAUUAGAUACCCACUACCAUUUGGGAUGAGCUAAAAAACAUUCUUAGAACAUCCAUUAGAGGCUGUGUUAUGUAUAGCAACUGUUUGCCGAGUUUGGAUACUCUGGAUGCCUGAGGACCAAGGUCAGGUUCUUUCAGGGACAAGGGAGGAGCACAGAUUAACUUCUAACAUUGGAUUCAGUGGUUCUUUUCAAAUGGUGAAGUUCACGACUUUGCUUACAUUUACUUUUCAUCAGCCAUGAAAGAAUUAAGGUAAAAUAGUUCAGUUGCACGUGUGUGUCAGGCUAAAUGGAUUACAGAAGAUACAGAUCUGUUUGCUUGUCUGCACUUGCCUUUAGACAAUAUUCAUCAAUUUUACAAAAGCUACUGACUAAACAUGGAACCAAUACAAAUGAAAUGCUCAAGGCAGGGGCUUUCUUUAAAAAAUCUGAUACCGAGUUGGUUUACACUGAUAGGAGGAAAAUGUUGGCAGAAAAUGAAAACCUUUUAUUGUUUCUGUAGUUUGGGGGGUGAAAGGUAAAGGCCAUUUUUAAGUAUUUGAUAGAAAACUGCUGUGUUAUGCCAUGUAAAUUAGAAAUGUUUUCAUAAUGCUUUAUUCAUAUCUCUGCAUAUGAAAACAUUUUAUCUUGUAGGUUCUUUCUUGUUGUUGAAACGUUAAGUAAAUACAAAAUAUUAAUCCCAGUACAGUAGAUUUUAAAGGCAUCAGUCUUCUGCUUUGAGUUUUACAAAAGGGUCUUAUUAUCUAAAGUGUAAAAAAGAAUGCCAUGAGUAAUUACCUGCUGGAAAAUGUCCAGGGUGGGUAACAUGCAGCCUAAUAAAUAUCCAAGUCAGUUAUCUUAUUAUCAUGCAGAAAUAGUUUUUAGUUUCACUGGUAGUGAAGUGGAUUUACUUAGCAAGAUGUCCUUUCAAAUCACGCCAGACUUCUUAAUGCUAUGGGACAGAUUCAGGGAUUCCAGUGCCAUCACAGCAGCAAAAAAGGAAUUUAAAAAUACCAAGAUCCAUCGCAAAGUGUAGCUGAAAAAUUCUGGUGUGUUAACAGUGGGCAUUGCUCAUGUCUCAGUUACUGCAGUGCCAUCCUAUUAGCCCAAAUUCCAGUGCCUGACACAGGUUUAAUGUAACAGAGAUGAAACUAGCCCAGCAGCUGAUGCCUAAGGUGGGAUGAGAGGAGGGGAGGAGACACAAGAUGCAAGGGAUGCAGUUUCUCAGGGCCACAACUUUAUUAACUUAAGUCAUAUGGGAAUCAUUGAGCAGUAACUUGUACAGUGCAGGUCGUGCCCUCUGCCUUAAUUGUUACCACCUGGUGCAAAGUUAAUGUUAGCUCCUUAACCCCCCUUUUCACUCCCGACAGCUGGUCCCCAGCCUUUUGCUGGGAGCUGACCACUGUCUUCUUGUGCCAAAGUUAAGGCAUCGGGAAAAGCCGUUGUUUCGCUGUAACAACAGGCAUGAGAAAGCCCAGUCCCCAUUCCCCGCCUCCUCCCUCCACCUCUGUCCUCCUAAACCUCAAGGGACUGGGUACCUCCCCUCAACAUCUGUUUCGCGUUGAGGUUCAAGUUGUUGCAGCUCAUCUUUUGAACUAUCCCACCAGGCCUGUGAGCUGCCAUGGAGAAGGUUCAGACAAACAGGUAAAACGCUCUGUUCGCAGUGAGAUUCCUCGUCCCAACCAAGACAACUAGUGUGCUCCCCAGGGCAGGCUGCAGAGCUCAGCCCUGUGCUCGUCGAGUUGUUAGCUGAGUAGUGGGAAAACACUCAGGCAAAAAAGUUGAUGUUCAGUAUCUCUGAGGCCUCCCAACCUGCCUGAUCCUGGCUGUCACCAUGCCCCAACUGUGAGAGCAGAGGCAAUCCGUAAUGGAAACGCUGUUCUUUUCUCUUUCCGGUCCAAACUGAGACUCAUCCCCUUUAAUGUUGCUGGGCUUGCAUCUUAAUUUACAUUUGUUUUUCCUUUUCACAUUAAAUUGGGGCACUCAUGAAAAAUAAGAGAAGAUAAUUUAUGCGCUUGCAAAAACACUGUGCUUACCAAGGCUGCAAAAUUGGCUGAAUAGCAUGUCAAAUGGAAGCGAACAAAUCACCGAUAAACUGAUUACAUUAAAAUGCUGAUGCUGGGUGUGAGCACUUCACACACAACAUGGAAACUUGCCUACACAUGUAUGGUUUCUUUCUCAUUGCUUUGGGCAUAGCAUUUAUAAUUCACAUGAUAGAAAAGGACAUACUAUUCUACAGUUUAUAUCCUCUAAUACCCCACUGGUUUUACAGUGCCUGUCCAUGAUGAAUCAGAAUUUGGUCACAACCGUUGCUCUCCUCCCCCUCCAUAUCUUCAAAUACUUGCUUUCAUGCCAACACAUCUUGGUCUGAUUAGUCCCCUUGAUUAGAGGCUAAAGUAAAAAGUCAGGUGUAUAGGAUUCCCAUUAUCCUUUAUUUCAGUGGUUCUAAGAACGGGUCACAUAGAGUUAUUUCAGUGAAAAUGUGAACAAUCAACUUCUGUUUACCAUUAACCUUCAGUUUUCUUUUCUUAAAAUCAAAUCAGGGUUUAGUAAGCAGUUAUUUUCAUACGUGUCCCUUGAUCAGUGGAACAAUCUGUCAGAAGCCAUUAAAGCCUCUAUUAGGUUGAAUUGCAUGCAGAGCUAAACCCUCCAAUCAUUUAAAGGGCUGCGAUGAUUGUUUUUAAUAUAGUAUACGUUUAUUUCUCUCUGUAAGUAGUAACAUAACUUUGAAACUAAGCAUGUAUGACGAGGGUUUUUUGCUAUCCAGCAUGUCCUGAGAAGCUUGAUUUCAUGUGGAAGGCAAAUGUCUACAUGGAAAAAAAAUGAAUGCAGUGAAAUCCUCUGUAUAUUUUCAGAAGUUUUUCCUCAGAUUUUUCCCAUUUCAUUGCGUUCAUCAAGAUGUAACGUAUAGGGAACGGGAAGAGAUUUUCCAAGGUCCUUUCCUCGAAAGUUUCACUGAAAAAAUCACCAACUAGUUCUGCUAAUAUUUGAAAGUAGCUUUUUAUCUCCAGAUCUUAGGAUGCUUUACGCAGAGAAACCGAGGUAGAGGGCAAAAGUGCAGUCGUGUGCUGAAUGCUAACUCCGCAGCAGAGCAAACGUUGUGCUCUGUCGCUGCUCUGUCUCAGUUACUUCCAGUUAAUCAGCUCAGCUUACAGAUUAAAGAUGGUCUUGUAGAACCGGGGUUUUUUCUCAAAAAAUAGACUGGGAUCUGAGCACGAGGCUGGAAUCUGUCCUCCUCAUAUAAUGCAUAAUAUAUAAAA